AAAAAAUCAAAAUGAAGUCUGUCAAAAGAUUUUGCUCGAAAGUAAACCACACGGUUUCAAUUAAAGAAAAAAUAAAAUAAAAACAAUUGUGGUUAUUCUGUACGGCAUACAAAUUCUACUAUCCGGCAGAAUAAUUUUGAUGAAACAAACUGGAAAAAUUCAAAUACUGUUAGGUGGUGGAUUUCUGGUCAAAAUAGUGGGAUUUGGUGAGUUACACUGGUAAAACUGUGGAAUUUAAAACUAAAAAUGAACUGCGAAAAAUGGAAUAUGGAAAAGGCGGCUUGCACAGACAUCCCUCAAGAAGUUCCAUGACAAUACGACCACUGGUCGGAAGCCAAAAUUGUCGCAGGACCAAUGGAAACUCUGGAACGCCUAAAGCUAUUGGAUCAUCAUAUUUUGACAACAGCACGUUACAAGAGUUUUACAGCAGCCAUGUCGGAGGCUUUGGAAAUUUUGGAACAGCAACAGGAGCAGAGGAAACAGGAAAAAGAGGUGGCCAUAGAAACGACAAAGGAAAUGAAGAAAUUAAAACGAAAUUUAAAACGUCGCAAAUGGGUCGAUUGGAAAACAGAAGAUGAAGAGAAGGGUGAUGAAAAACGUGCAGCCUUUAAUCCAGCCGAUCGGGUGAAGCGGAAAAAGACAGCCAUAUUAUUGUCAUAUUCCGGUGCAAACUACUUUGGUAUGCAGCGUAAUCCCGGUAUGGCCACCAUUGAAGAGGAAUUAUUCAAAGCAAUGCAUAAAAACAAGUGGAUAACUGAUGAAAGUUAUGAGCAGGCACAAUCGUGUAUGUUCCAAAGAGCUGCAAGGACAGAUAAGGGUGUUUCAGCGGCUAGACAAGUUUGUUCUAUGAAAUUACCCGAAGAUUUGGACAUUGAUGCCCUUAACAAAGACCUGCCGGAUCAAAUACGUUUAUUUGGCAUUGAAAGAGUUACGAAGGGCUUCAAUGCCAAGGAUCAAUGCAAUGCUCGAACAUAUACCUACACAAUGCCUAGUAUAGCAUUUGCAGAUUUCAAUGAGAAGUCUGAAUACGAGAAAUUCCGUCUAUCGCCUGAAAGAGUAAAAAAGGCCCAAGGAGUCUUACAGUUAUUCGAAGGAACCAAGAAUUUCCAUAACUUUACAAGUCGCAAGAACUUUUUAGAUCCCUCUGCCAAACGUUUUAUUAUGUCGUUUACAUGCAGCGAACCUUUUGUAAGCCCUCAAGGCGUGGAGUUCAUAACAGUAAAAGUAAAGGGGCAGAGUUUUAUGCUACAUCAGAUACGCAAAAUGGUUGGUCUCACAAUUGCCAUUGUCCGUGGUCAUACCGAUGUUGCAACCCUGGAUAGAGCAUUAACAGAGGAGCGUUUAGAUCUGCCAAUGGCACCGGGAUUGGGCCUAGUUUUAGAUACCGUGCAUUAUGAACGUUAUAAUGAACGCUAUGGCCAGGAUGGUAUACAUAAUCCCUUGACGUGGGAGAAACAAGAACCUGAAGUGAAAAACUUUAUAGAGACAAAAAUAUUUGAAACAAUUUAUCGAACGGAAUGUGAACAAAAACCUUUGUUGGAAUGGUUGGAAACAUUGCCGUUACAUUCCUAUGACGCCCGCAAAGAGGAAGCCAGUGCUGCGGCAGCAAAUGCCGAUAAACCAAACAAAAACGAUGAUGACAAUGAAGAGUAAUCAAUGUAUGGUUUCAAAAAAUGCACAAUCUUACUUUAUUUAUAAAAAGUAUUGAAAUAAAACAAAUUCUGAACACA